AUGGAUCCUCGACUAAUCACACGGUGCGGGUGUGAAGCUCGGAUUAAGGUGCACGUUGAUGAUACCAGUGGGCAAUGGGGAUUCGAGACUGUUGGGUUCGAGAUAAAGGAUAUCUAUAAUGCAAUAGAGAAGCAAAGGCGGGCAAGCGUGACAGAUAUUGAGGCCGCGUUAAAGUUCUUGGAACCUUCAAGGACUACCGAUUGUGGAAUAUUCUGGAAGUACUCUCUGGAUGGUGAGAAAAGGCUGGAAAAUCUCUUCUGGUGCGAUGGUACUAGUCCUUAUGACUACAGUGUGUUCGAGGAUGUCUUGGGAUUUGACACAACGUACGGUCGUAACAAAUACAAGUGCCCGUUGGUAAUUUUCUCAGGGGUGGACCAUCAUAUGAGGAUGGUAGUGUUUGGUUGCACCAUCUUGAGCAACGAGAGUGAAGAAAGCUAUGUGUGGUUGUUGCGGUCAUUUUUCUUGAGGCAAUGA